UUUUUUAAUCUGCUUAAGAAGAAAUAGAAUACUUGAAAAAAAGAAAAAGAGAUACAAACAAAAUCAAUUUAUAAAUUAAAACUUUUUAAUCAAUAUUCAAAUUCCAACCCUUAAAGAAGAAAAGCAUGGAACUCUUCAUUCGCAGGGAAAAAUUCCUCAAGCGGUUUGUUCUCUCUCUCUCUCUCUCUCUCUCAUGAAUAGAACAAGUUUUUCUUUCAUGAGGCCCCCAGCCUGCAUCCACCCCUAAUUAUAUAUGUGAUUACUCAGUUUUUAAUUAUUUUUAUAUUUGGUGCAUUGAAAAUCGUCAAACAAUGUCAAUUAUAAGGCAGAUAUUUUUAUGAUUAAUCUUAGAUUCAAUAAAUGGUCUCAAAAGCAUUUUUCACGCGUUAGAUCUGUGGUCUCUGCAUUACAAGAGAAGCUGAAGCUGAAGCUCUCCCUGUGCAAGUGUCAACUUGGAUCGAAUUGAGCUCAUUCAAGCAAUUAGAUAGGGCAAACGAUCGAGAUGGAAUCGGCGGUCGAGUCGCUUGUUUCCAAGGUGCUUGGAACUUUGAUCAACAUGGCAAAGGAGGAGCUAGCGAUGCAGUUAAGGUUGGAAGACGAUGUGAAGAGGCUUCAGGUCACCCUUGGACGCAUCCAGAGCUAUCUCCAAGACUUUGAGAAGAAAAACAUCAAGGAAGUUUCCAUGAAACAAUGGCUUAACCAAAUCAACCAGGACAUCUACGACAUCGAGGACCUGCUCGACGAAUACGUUGCCCUCAAAGACAAUAAUAGUGAAAGCAGAAGUAACGAGGAGGACAAGUCGACUCCUUCUUCGUCUAAAAAGGUACGCUACUCUUUCCAUGGCAAGUCUUCCAGCAUCAAGAAGGUUGCAUCCAAUCAUCGGAUUGGUGUCGAGCUUCAACGGCUUAAUAAACAGUUAAAUGACGAUAUCAAAGGGCAAAUACCCAAAUUAUCGCUUUUGCCUAAGUUCGCACCUACUGGUCCGGUGGAGAGCCAAAUGAGAUCGAAUGACAGGACUACUUCUGUAGUGGUCCGUUCAGAUAUAGUGGGCAAUAAAAUACAAGAUGAUGCUCGGCGCUUGAUCGAGUUGUUUACCAAAGAGGAUGACCGCGACAACCCUCUUGUAUAUGCCAUCGUUGGAAUGGGAGGGAUUGGCAAAACCACUCUGGCCAAAUUAGUAUUUGAUGAUCACAUAAUCGCAAGCCGCUUUCAGGUAAAUGUGUGGGUCUCUGUAUCCCAGAAUUACAAUGAAAAUGAUAUAUUGAGAAACAUCAUAACAUCUGCUGGCGGAGACGGUGAGCGUUGUCACAAUUUUGACUCGCUCAGUAAGAAGGUUAUCGAUAUGGUGAAAGACAAAAGGGUAUUUAUGGUGUUGGAUGAUGUGUGGGAGACUAAGAGAGUAUGGAAUGACUUGUUGAGAAUCUUGCUAAAGAGGGGAGUUGCAGAAGGAAGCAGGGUGCUCGUCACCACAAGAAACGAAGAGGUUGCAGCUCAGAUGAUGGCAGUCCACUCCCAACGCGUGCAGCCAUUGUCUCUAGAAGAUGGGUGGUCACUGCUCUACAAGUCAGCUUUUCCUGCUUGGGAGCAGCAGGAAGCGAAGGAUGACAAAUGGAACCUCAAAGAUAUCGGCAUAGAACUUGUCAAAAAAUGUGAUGGACUACCACUAGCGAUCAAUGCCAUAGGGGGGAUGUUGUCUGCCCGGAGCAAAACAAGAGAAUCAUGGAAGUUUGUUCUCAAGAACAUCAUGUGGGAGGUGAAAGGGCUUCCUGAGGAAAUCAGAUUCUCUAGAUCGAUGGAUUGCGGAAGAAGGUCGGCUGUCGACGACGAUCGAAGCCGCAAAACAAGAUUGGCGGUCGACGACGAUCGACGCCAAGGAAGGUGGGCUGUCGACGAUGCUCGAAGCCGGAUCGCCUUCUAUCAAGCUCAAUCGAAGAAAUCGCUCGAUCAGGUAGACAGAAAUCUUGAUCGGAUUCGCGAAAACCUUUGGGCAAUAAGGAAGAUGAGAAUGUCGUCGGCAACCAUACCGAGGUAUUCUUCUUCUUCUUCGAUCUCCUCGUCCGUUUCACGCAGAUGCUAUCCAUCCCGCCAUACUCCCCCAGUCGUUGAUGAUUACGCUCCGCUCGAACUCCCGCUCAAAUGGUGUGAUCCACCGCCGGAAUACCCACCGCUCGAACUUCCAUUGCAAUGGCGAAAUCCUCCGCCUCCACAGAUUACGUCGCCUCGCAAACGGAACUCCGAUCUUGAUCCGAUCCAGCUCGAUUCCGCUCUAAUAGACGCAUCUCCGAGAGUGGGAUACUCCCCAAAUCCUUCUGUCACCGGAGUCUUCCGACCGCCAGAACUCUCAAACCCGCAUGACGGCAUUCCCAUAACCGACAUUCAACCCGAUCCCACCGCUGCCACUCCGCCAUUGCCAUCCGCACAGACAGAGCUCCCACACCCACACCCACUAUGCUCUCGCAAUCUCGCUCUUGGCGUGGAGCCUGAUCUCACACGAUCCAAUUCCAGCUCUGCCUCUGCUUUAUCUCUCGACCGACCGGCGGACCUUUCCGCGCUCCAAGCAACAAGAUCAAACCCGCCCACUCCGUUCUAUGCGCUUGUGACCGACGGCUUCCACCAUCCGAUCCAGCUUCCACCUCCUGACCUGGCAGCGUCUAAUGUUGUGAACAUGGAUGACGGCUCUGCUCCGAUAACCCCGGUCCAGGCACAUCCUACUACCGCUGAAGGAAUCCUACAGCAUAAUGCACAUCGACAGAGUACCUCCUACGCUAUUUGUUGGCUCGGCUCCCCUAACCACACGUCCCUGAGCUUCGGUGAUAACCAUUCCCAUGGUAACAACAUCAUCACAGUAGUUGCCACUGCCUCCGGCGACAAAAGCAACGAUGAAGAUCGAGUUCAGCUUCUCCUUACCAAGAUCCUGAAACCGCACAUCAGGUACUUUAAAAACUACAAGGGCUGGAUCCAGCUGGAGAUCGUGAGCCCUAGAAAGUUAGUUCGGCUAGAAAAGGCCUGCUGUGGCUGCACCGACGAUAUCUCAUAUGGGAUUGGUAAGCUUGAAAACCAUGACACAAUCUUACUGCAGGUGAAUGGUCUUGCCGGAGAGCCUCCACUGGAGCUCCGUCAGCUACGGAGCCUUAAGUCGAAGGACCUUUCAAAUAAUGCAUUCAUGGCUGAGACCCCUCCAUCGUUCGUUGGGCUGAAUAAGCGUACUCUCCUUACAACUUGGGAUCCUAUUUUUGACAUUAUGGCUUUGAUAAAUGAUUUGUUUGAAGAGCUUCUUCUUAUCUAUGAUAUAGUGCCCAACAAUAGUCAUGAACGACUACUCUUUGACAAACCAAAAUCAAUGCUUGAUUGGAAACAGAAACUACAUGUGAUCAAAGGAAUAGUAUCAGAUGCUCCAAAGUACAUGGAAUUCUGGAGUGAAAGAAGAGACUCUGGAGCUUCUAAUUCUCAUCAGAUUUAUCUUAUUUCCCUUGCUAAAAGCAUGCUUACUAAUGAUGAUCUUGUUCAUGAUAUAAGGAUCCCACGACAAGAAAAAAAGAUGUUUGAUUUUUAUAUUUUAGUCUUUGAAGCUUUUGAAAAGCUCUCUUCUUCUUCUUCCCUGGAUUGGGAAAACUCAAAUCCUUCUUGCAGGUCGCAUCUUCCGACGAUCCACUACAUCAGCUCUGCUUUAUACAUUAGUUACCAAGUCCUGCCUACGGAUAUCAAGCGAUGUUUCUUGUAUUGUUCCUUGUUUCCUAAAGGCAGUGUUGACCUCCAUGUUAUACCCAAAAGAAUAAAAAAAGGGAAAGAAGCUCAAAAUCCUACCUUGCCCUAUAGAUCCAGGAAUCCCGUCGAAUUGCUGUGCACUCGGCGCCGCUCGCGUCGCUUCCCGCGAUUCCUGCCCGGAUAUCCUGCGACUCCCCUCGAUCAAGCCUCCCUCAGCGUCGUUAAAUCGCGUGGUGGAAAGGCCGGGGUCGAAUUUUCGGAGCCCACAGGCAGAUAUUUUAAGAUUAUGAAUGCAAAAAACCUUUGGAUCCAGGAGGGGCUCAUCAAACAUGAAAGGGGUAUAUCAUCGCACGAUGUUGCUGUCAGUUAUUUCACGAUUCUAGUACAGAGGAACCUCGUGAUACUUGAUCGAAUAUACAUAGAAGCAAUUUAUUUUAAGAUGCAUGAACUUUUCUACUCGCUCUCUCAGUUUCUGACUCGAAACGAGAAUCUGGUCGCUGCAAAAGAAGAAGAUAUUUUAGAUUCUGGAUUGGUUGGUAAGAUGGAGAAGCUGCGGCGUCUUUCUUCUAUAGGUGACCCCGACAAAACAACUAACAUCCACCGAAGAUCUCAGCAAAAACAGUUGUCGUUGAGGACUCUCUUUAUCUUUGAUAAAACCUAUUGUGAUAUUGAUAAUAACCUCUUCAAUCAUCUUCGUUAUCUUCGAAUACUAUGGCUCCGAGGAACUAAAGCUACAGAGUUGCCUGCAUCCCUAGGUUCCCUCAAGCUGCUAAGGUACCUAAACCUAUCGCAAACUCCUAUAAAGGAGUUGCCCAUAACAAUCAAAAACCUCAAUGCUCUGAGGAUUCUUGAUGUCUCUGAGUGUGUAAAACUCUAUAAUUUGCCUUCAUGCAUAAUGAAGUUGCAUCAUCUAUGUUCUCUUUCUACUAAAGGUUCUGCAUUGGAUCAUCUACUGCCGGGAGUGGGAACUUUGAACGAACUACAAGUUCUUGAAUUCACCGUGCCUCCGGAUCAGGAUAUUGCACGGGACUUAUCUAUUGUUAAGGAGUUGGAGACCCUCUCGGAGCUAAGACGAUUAGAUUUGUUCAAGCUGGAAAGGGUGUCAAACAGGCCAGAAGCAAAAAGUGCUGCUCUAAAAGACAAAAAAUACCUCAAAUAGCUUGGACUAAGUUGCUCAGAGAGUGAUUCUAAUGAAGUUUCUAUAGAAGAUUCCGAAAGAAUUGAGGAGGUCUUUGAGGAUCUCCGCCCUCCAGUCGAACUAAAAAUUCUUAAAAUUACCAACUAUUUGGGAUGCAAGUUACCAACUUGGCUGGGAUCUCCAAUAAAUAUACGAUACUUGAAAAUAACUCGUUGUAGCAAUUGCAAGAAACUUAAAGGAUUAGGAUUGCUGCCUAACUUGGAAGCACUUUAUAUUGAAGGUGCAGCAUCAAUAAAAAGCAUAGGCUCAGAAUU